AUGGACGAGCGCUCAAUUGUUUUGGAAGAGACCGAGGCGGCAGCAUCUGGCCUGUCCAACGGUCCGCCAGAAGUGGCCGCAGCCGAGCCCAUCGCCCAGCCUCACUCUCCAACCCCCACGGUCUCUGAGAUGGCGCCUUUGGGGGCGCGGGUGGAGAGCGCCUCUCCUCCGGAGUCAACAAAAGACCUCGGUCGAAAGCCUCCGUCGCGGAAGCGCAACAAGCCGGACAUUGACAAUCCCGCAUCCUCGAGCAAGCCCCCGUCUAAACGGCGAAGGACGAGUCCAGUCGAGGCCCCCACGGACGGUGGCAGGCAAUCCAGCCGGUUGAAGGCCGGGGGCCCGCAGCUUCGGGAGAAGCAGAGGGCGAAGACGCUUGAAGCGGCGGGUCGUGCAUGA